UUGUCACUUCGCGGAAAGUUACUAAAUAAACAACAAAGAUUAACAAACUAAAAAUUUUAGACACUUGGAUGGGAUAACACUCUAGAUUUAUAGAUAAAAAUUGAAGAGAAUGAAUCAAAACGUUGUCAAGUUUUUUUAUUAGCAACUAAAAGAUAACCGUGGUAAACAAUACAACGAUGGAUCAAGUUCACUUUAUUUUUGUUUUAAUAUUUUCUUACCAACAACAAUAUUUGAGUGCUUAGAGAUACGCCGUGAUGAAAGAGCCAAGAGUUUGAGAACUCUGUUUUUUUGUUUGUUAAAAGUUCCCGCAAAAAAAAAGAAGUUCACAUCAAAGAGCUUAAAAAAGUUGUCUAGGAAUUUGUAUAUUUUUUUGACAGAUUUUAAUUGAGUCUUAAGAUUUUAGACUUGUUCCACAUCCUCUUUUCUAAAUAUAUACAUUAGGUAUACACCAGCAUUACUUACCCACAUGGCAGGGGUUGACCCGCAGCUGUGACUUAGACGCUCGCUAAAUAUUGCUGCACCGUGGAUCGAACCACGGACCUUGUGAUUACGAAGCGAACCCAAUAACCACAAGGCCACGCGCCACACAAACAAUUGGGAAAAUUAUUGGGGGGAGGGCCAAUUGCCCCCUCUGCCCCCUAUAUGAAUAUAUAUUUAUUCUUCAAUAUAUUUUUAUUUGGCUAUUUGAACAUUUUACAUAAAUUUCAAUAACAACAGUUACGUGUUUGGAGCUAAUGAUGCUCUCUAUCUCGAAAACCAAUUAAAAAAUUUAAAAAGAUUCCCAGACAUUUCAUAUGAAUUCAACUUGUUUUUGUCGUGGUAGGUAAGCUUUUAAAGGCUGUCCUUGGUAGAAGUAGGAAAGCAUUGUCUUAAAAAACAAUCCUUAAAACAUUUUGUAUUUGAUAUGUGUCAUUUAUUAUUACCAAAACUUGCGCUCUUGGAAUAACAAUUUUUUGUCUGUUUUGUUCGUGGAACUUGUACACCUGGUUUCUACAUGCGUUCCAAGUGGAUUUUUCCACGGGCCUUAUCGACUAAUGAUGCUCUCUAUCUCGAAAACCAAUUAAAAAACUUAAAAAGAUUCCCAGACAUUUCAUAUGAAUUUAACUUGUUUUUGUCGUGGUAGGAGUAGAAAAACAUUGUCUUAAAAAACAAUCCUUAAAACAUUUUGUAUUUGAUAUGUGUCAUUUAUUAUUACCAAAACUUGCGCUCUUGGAAUAACAAUUUUUUGUCUGUUUUGUUCGUGGAACUUGUACACCUGGUUUCUACAUGCGUUCCAAUAUUUAUAAUCACCUAAAAAACGUAAUUAUGUGUGUAUACUUUAUUGGCUUCAUACUGGUAAUCUAUGGUGUGUAUUCAAAGAUUAAAUAAAUUCAAAGUUCACAAGCUACCUAGUUACCUUACCUAAGUAAAAAAACAGGUUGGGCCAUAUGAAAACCACGUCGUGUCAUGAGAGUGUGGGUGUCAAAAUAAAUAAAAACACAUGACUAGCCUGAUGUGGAUUACUUAGAAUAAAGAAACAGUGACGGAUGUACAUCGUGGAACAUGGAGAAACCAAAGGUACGCAUGCGAAUGUCACUUCGUGAACUGGAAAAACCACACAACGCAAAAAAUCUCAAUAAUUUUUUAAAGGCUUGGAAAUUAAUAAAAGAGCUUCCCCCAGAUAAUCCAAAUUCAUUUUGGGGACUUGCUACAUAUCAUGGUGAACCAUUUAAAAAGAGAAUAGCUCCGGACAUAAAAAAUUAUUCGUUUGUUAAUUUUUUCGAGUUUUUGUUUCCAAGUAUAGACAAACCACCACAUAACCGGCAGAAGUGGGGUGGAUACUGCCAACAUGCUAAUGUUUUGUUUCCACCGUGGCAUCGUCUGUAUCUGUUACGUGUGGAACAAGCCUUGCAGACAGUUCUCCCUGGUGAAGAUGUGGCAUUACAUUAUUGGGACCAAACUUCAGAAGAAAGCCUACGACAUGGUUUACCUAGCAUCCUAACCAGAAAAACUGUCAUGGUAGAUGGUAAGGAAGAAGUAAAUCCUCUCUUAAAUUUCACUCUGCCAAAGCAAAUUGAUGCCGAUGAAAACAGUUUAUACAAGAAACCUAUCCAUUACACGACAGUCCGCUACCCUUUUUCAGGUAUUAGGAAUCCCAAAACAGCUGCAGAAGCUGCAGAAAAACACAACGAGAGAAUCUUUGAACUUGAUAAAUCUCCAGAUAAAUUGUUGAAUGAAAACAUCAAGUACUGGUUAAACCAUGGCUAUAAAAGUAAGAACUCGGUAGUAUCUGGUUAUGAAGACUGCUUGGAUGAGACGGAUUACAAUAAAUUCUCAAACAUAAGCUCGGCCAAAGUCAAAGGCAGGGUUGCGUUUUCCUUGGAACAGCCACACAAUGAUAUGCAUCUUUCAAUAGGUGGUUACUCCUUACCUAAAAUGAAUGAGAAUGGUGAAAUUGAAAGAGAUGAGAAUGAUAAUCCAAUUAUGCAAAAUUAUGGUUUGGUAGAAGGUGCAAACGGUGAUAUGGGUGCAAAUGAGGUGGCUUCCUUCGAUCCAAUUUUUUUUGUGCAUCAUUCAAAUGUAGAUAGAAUGUUUUGGAUUUGGCAAAAAAAACAUAACCAUAGCACAGUCGAGACAAGUUUUGAAAUUCGGAAAGAAAAGAGAAGUGAAGUUGGACGUGACGAUGUUCUUGGUACAUCAACGAAUGGCCAAGGCCCAACUCCCGAUCAAUCCUAUAAUCAAAUCUUAGGUAUGGAUACCGUGUUGUAUCCAUUUCAAAAUUCCACGGGUGUUCCCAUGACAACCAAAGAUUGCGUUGAUAUCGAGGCACAGCUUGGGUACACUUAUAGCAUAGGCUCCUUUGACAAAAUUGAUUGGCCGAGCUGUACUUCAAAGAACAUGUAUUCCCACAUCGUAACGACGUUGAAUGACCUCACCUACUAUAUGGAAAACGUGACACAAAUCCAAGUAUCAAACCCUAAAAAAGUCUAUUUCGAUUUCACAACUGUCGAAGCACCGAGUCAAAGUUGGUUAGCGCUACCAUUUUUCAAGAAAGGCCGUCCAGAAUUCACCUACGGUGGGUGCAAAUGGAAGAGGAUGUUUUACUUGCGUGUGUGUAAUCUGAAAUGUGAUGACUACCCAGGUUCGUUUGUUGUACGGGCGUUUUACAAAAAAAAUGGCAAGGAAUAUUUUGCAGGCCAGCGUGGUGUGUUAAAUCGAUGGAAUCGUAAAAUUUGUGAAAAUUGCCAGUACAACAAUUUUAAAAGCGUUGUAUUUAAAUUCCAUGAAAACGAUGUUUCCUUUCCCACUGGGGUUAAAGAAUUCAAUGUAGAUGUUUUGGCAAAGAAUCCUAGGUGCUCCCUAGUUACCUACGCGGUGAAAAAUAAUUGACGUCACCACCUCGUUUCCAAGUUAUUUGGCCUCUAAGUUUUAGGUACACUGUAAUGGCUUCGUUAAUUUAAUAUAGGAUAUUGACGUUAAAGUAGUGUUAUUGACGUCGCGCCGUAACGUCAGAAAAUUUAACAUAUUAGACACAAGUUUUUCGGCGACAUCAAAGGAAAGUGACGAUAUCCACUUUGCCUGUUACAAACAGACGCGGUCUCUGCAUUAUUAUAAGAGACUAGUCAAUAAGGCCCGUGGAAAAAUCCACUAAGGCGCAGAAGAACAAUGGAAAAUUAGGUUGCUUUAGAUUUUUUGCUGACGUCAGCAGUGCAUAUACAAAAAGAAAAUUGGUGAAAUUUAAUCAUUUGUUGUCUGUAAUGUGCAGAGGUUAAAACGCUGAUCAAAAUAAUGUAUAGUAUCGUAUGUUUUUGAAAAGAGCCUAAGGAGAUAUAGGGUAUAAAAAUUUUGCUGACGUCAGCAAAGUUCCUACCAAAAGUUCUAAAGAAAAAUUUCUUCACAAAUUCGUACACCCGUUGCAUUCAUCAUAUAGAUCUUGAAAUGCUGAUCAAGAAAAUGUAUAGGAUCGUGUACUUGUGACAAACGGAUGCAGAUAUAUUAGGGCUUAAAGGUUUUUUAAUGACGUCAUCAACCCGUCCAUUCCGAAACGGAUUCGGGGACCCAGGUUUGGGAAAAUUACCCAAAUUGGUCCUUGGUGGUCCCUAGUUACCCACGCGGUGAAAAAUCAUUGACGUCACCACUUCGUUUCCAAGUUAUUUGGCCUCAAAGUUUCAGGUGCACUGUAAUGGCUUCAAUAAUUUAAUAUAUAAGAUAUUCACGUUAAAAGAUAUUGACAAAAAAAAUCGAAAAACUCGCGCAUUCGAGUGGUAACAAAUAUCGUCUUUGCAAAAGUCACAGACAGACAGACAGAACUGGCGUAUUAUUAUAUAGAUAGACUAGGGCAGAAGAACAAUGGAAAAAUAGGUAGCUUUAGAUGUUUUGUUGACGUCAGCAGUGAAGAUCCCAAAAAAUUAAAGAAAUUUAUUUUAUUCUUUUAUUGCAAUGUGUAGAGGUUGAAACGCUGAUAAAAAUGACGUAUAGAAUGAUAUGUUUUCGAGGAACGCAAAAGGAGAUAUAAGGGUUAAAAAAUUUUGCUGACGCCAGCAAUGGCCUUUCAAAACCUAAAAUUUUUUUUUGGAGAUUUCCAUACCUUUUGCCUUCAUCGCAUAGAUCCUGAAACUCUGAUCAGGAAAAUGUAUAGGAUCAUGUACUUUUGAUAAACGGUUGCAGAGAUAUUAGGGUUUGAAGGUUUGUUGAUGACGUCAUCAACCCGUCCAUUCCGAAACGGAUUCGGGAACCCAGGUUUGGGAAAAUUACCCAAAUUGGUCCUAGUUGGUCCCUAGUUACGCACGCGGUGAAGAAUCUUUGACGUCACCACCUCGUUUCCAAGUUAUUUGGCCUCAAAAUUUUAGGUGCACUGUAAUGGCUUCAUUAAUAUAAUAUAGGAUAUUGACGUUAAAGUAGUGUUAUUUUCGUCGCGUCGUAACGUCAGAAAAUUUAACAUAUUAGACAUGCAUUUUUCGGCAACAUCAAAGGAAAAUGAAGACAUCCACUUUGCCUGUCACAGACACACAGACAGACACACCUAGCGUAUUAUUAUAUAGAUAAAAGAGAAUAGAUAAAUAUUUCGAAAUUUUAGGGGGCUGUUUUUAUUUAUCUACAUAGGUAUAGCAUUGAAUUUAAGCCAGUGGGAUGAACUCACCAAGGUGGUAGACAAAAUCAACAAGAAAAUUAAGAAGUAACAGCCUUAUAUGGAGGAAUCCUAACUAUUCGUACAGAGAUUUGUAACAGUCCCGGUAUCGUUUGUUGAAGUUCAGUCACACAUUUUCACACAUCAGAAGUUCAGUCACACAUUUUUUUGUUUUUGUUGUUGUUUUUCUUUUCUUUAUUGAUGUAAAUAAACUGACGUUUUUAUCAACAUAAAAAGCAUACUGUAUUAUCUUUCCUUUAAGCGGACUUAUUCUCGCA